UCCAAAAGCCACACCACAGAUGAUAAUCACAUCUCCAACCAGAAGCUCAAAGGUGACAUCAGCCACACCUGCACUCAGUAGCUCAUCACAGGUGACAUCAGCCACACCUGCACUCAGUAGCUCAUCACAGGUGACAUCAGCCACACCUGCACUCAGUAGCUCAUCACAGGUGACAUCAGCCACACCUGCACUCAGUAGCUCAUCACAGGUGACAUCAGCCACACCUGCACUCAGUAGCUCAUCACAGGUGACAUCAGCCACACCUGCACUCAGUAGCUCAUCACAGGUGACAUCAGCCACACCUGCACUCAGUAGCUCAUCCCAGGUGACAUCAGCCACACCUGUACCAAACAGCCCACCAUGGCUUGUCAUGACAGAGGUCACCAGGCCUGAAUCCACUAUUACUGCUGGAAGAUCUUCGGCAGACAUCACUUCAAGCCCAAAUGAAGACUCUCACCCAGAAGUCAUCUCCGCCCAUCCACAAAUGUCAUUUCAGAGUACAGCCAAUCAGGUCACAGAUCAGACAGCAGGGAAGUUGAUCCCAGAAAUACCUGCUGUUCAAGCUCAUAGUGAAUUCCAGAAAGCUUGUGACAUCCUCCAGAGAGUGAGGAACCUCCCUCCAACAUUUCCUACAUCAGCUCAGGUCAGUGUGGCCCAUUUACUCAUGGACCUGAGUGAACAGUUGCUGAUGAUCCCACGUCAGAAAAAUGACAGUUGGAACUUCAAAACUCCCGCAGUCACCUGCCCCCUGCAGGAUCUUGGAAGUGCAAUAACGACCAAUCAGAAGAUUCUUCAGCAAGACCCCCAGCAGGUUGAAGACAUGCUGGAGAUGUCCUUGAUGGCCCUGGGAGAGAUCCACAAAGCAUUUUGCCAGCAGAGCCUGUCUCCUGAGUUGGCAGUGACCUUGACCUCUCCUGUUGCUACUCUGGUGCUGAGCAGCCAAAAUGUAUCAUCUUUGCCUCUGAGCACUUAUACUCUGGGUGACCCUGCUCCCUUGAGGUUAGGUUUUCCAUCAGCAGAAGCACUGAAAGAACUCUUAAGUAAACACCCAGGAGUGAACCUUCAAGUAACAGGUCUGGCUUUCAACCCUUUUGAGACUUUGGAUGACAGGAACAUUGUUGGAAGCAUUGGAAAUGUGCUACUGAGCUCUGGUUAUCAAUCGCUCCAAGUUCGUGAUUUAAUAGAAGAUAUUGAGAUCAUGCUCUGGAGAAAUGCCAGCAUGGAGACCCAGCCCACCAGCCUCAACACAAGUACAGACCAUUUCACAAUCACAGUGAAUAUCACCUCCGUGGAGAAAACUCUCAUUGUGACCAUCGAGCCAGAAAGUCCCCUUCUAAUGACACUGCACCUGGGCUUCCAAGACAAGCCUGACCACACUCUCUUCUACCUCAAUACCAGCCUUCCAAGGGACCAGGUGUGGCAGAAAGACGAGGAGUACACAUGGGUGCUGACACCAAAGAGCCUGCAGUACGGGAUUGGUACCUACUACAUUAUGGCUGUGGUCAAUAAAAGCACAGAAGCCACACAGUAUACACCUAUCCCAGUCUCAGUGGUAACAGCUGUCACCCAGUGCUAUUUCUGGGACCAAAACAACAGGACAUGGAGAAGCAAUGGAUGCCAAGUGGGGCUGCAGAGCACCAUUCUGAAGACACAGUGUCUCUGUAAUCAUCUGACCUUCUUCAGCAGCGACUUCUUCAUUGUGCCCAGGACGGUGGAUGUGGAAAACACCAUCAAACUGCUUCUUCAUGUGACCAAGAACCCUGUUGGGGUGUCCUUGCUGGCCAGCCUUUUGGGAUUCUAUAUCCUCUUAGUCACGUGGGCGUGGAGGAAGGAUCGAGCAGACCUGCAGAAGGUGAAGGUGACCAUCCUGGCUGAUAAUGAUCCCAGCUCUGCAUUUCACUACCUUAUCCAGGUCUACACUGGGUAUCGAAGGAGAGCUGCUACAACAGCCCAGGUUGUUAUUACCCUCUAUGGCUCCGAGGGGCACAGUGAGCCCCACCACCUGUGUGACCCACAGAAGACAGUCUUUGAGCGUGGAGCACUGGAUGUUUUCCUCCUCUCUACUGGGUUCUGGCUGGGGGACCUGCAUGGUCUUCGGCUGUGGCAUGACAAUUCUGGCAAUAACCCUUCUUGGUAUGUGAGCCAAGUGAUUGUCAGUGACAUGACUGUGAAGAAGAAGUGGCAUUUCCAGUGUAAUUGUUGGCUGGCCGUGGACUUGGGCAACUGCGAGCGUGAUGGGGUCUUCACACCAGCCUCCAGGAGGCAGCUCUCUUCCUUCAGACACCUGUUCUCCUCCACUAUCAUAGAAAAGUUCACUCAGGAUUAUCUGUGGCUCUCAGUUGCAACUCGACACCCCUGGAACCAGUUUACUAGAGUCCAGCGGCUCUCUUGCUGUAUGACACUACUUCUCUGUGACAUGGUCAUCAAUGUUAUGUUCUGGAAGACGGGUGGUGCCACUGCCAAGAGGGGUGAGUAAAUUGGUCCAUUUGCUGUGACCUGGUCAGAGAUAGCCAUCAGCGUCCAGACCGCCAUCAUCCUCUUCCCUAUCCAUCUGGUCUUUGGACGGCUCUUCCAGUUGAUUCAUCCACCGGAAACUCUGACCCCGCUUCCUCCCAUCCAGGCUACCUGCCCCUCAGGUCUUGCUUGGGAGUCCCCCUCUCCCACACAGGUGGUCACGGAAUUAAAGGAAACUCUGGGAUUCCUGCUCAGGAGAAACACAUACCUGCUCUCCGAAUGUGAACAGUCUUGGUGGUGUUCUUGUGACAUUAACGAGCUCGUGAAGCUUUUCUCUGGCCUCAUUUACUCUCACUUAGAAGACCAAGGCUGUCACCAGCAGAGAGAGUCCCCACGGGAAGACGUGGUUUCUGAAAACCACCACCAUUUCUGCCGAUACCUGCUCCACGUUCUACAGAGACUGAAAUCGCACUUGAGUGCUCUCAGUGCCGCUCAGGUUCAGCAGCCCUGUGACUUCUCAGAAGCAGUGAGCCAACUUCAAAACCUCCAGGAACUCCUGGAAACACAGACUCUUCCCAGGGAGCAGGGGCCAUGCAGGUACUCAACCAGUUUCCCCAUCCUGAGCCCAGAAGAAGGGAAGAAGUCCAUGUUGUUUUGCCUAUUCAAAUGGUUGAAAUACAGCUGCUGGCUCUUUCUAGGUGUCAUUAGCCUGGCUUCAGCUUUUUUUAUAACACUUUAUAGCCUGGAGUUGAACAAAGACCAAGCCACCAGCUGGGUUAUUUCAAUGAUGCUAUCAGUACUUCAAGACAUCUUCGUCAACCAGCCAAUAAAGGUGAUCUUCCUCACAUUCCUGUUCUCACUGAUGUCGAACCAGAUGCCAUGGCUUAACAAAGACAAAGAACAACAUGCCAAGAGAAUCGUAGCCCUUUGGGCAAAGUGUUCUUCAUCGGCACCUGGUUUGAGAGAUAAGAACAAUCCCAUCUAUACUGCCCCAGUAAUGACCAGCUCAGCCAAGCCCCCAAAGGGAGCCUGGAAGAAGCAUCUCUUCAAGCUGACUGGUGGCACUCUGGUCCAAAUCCUCUUUCUGAGCCUGCUGAUGGCUACUGUCUACUCUGCAAGGGACUCCAGUCAGUUUCUCCUCCAUCAAGCUAUCAGAAAGAGGUUUUCUCACCGUUUCUCAGAAAUCAAACUUCUGGAGGAUUUCUACCCCUGGGCCAAGCACUCUCUCCUUCCUAACCUGUAUGGAGAUUACAGAGGAUUUAUUACUGAUGGGAACUCCUUUCUUCUGGGCAAUGUUUUGCUUCGCCAGAUUCGAAUUCCUAAAAGCAUGCUCUUCCCGGCGUCUCUCCAUGACCAAGUGAACUCACAUCCCCAACAUCAGGAGGACAGGGGGAACCAUGGGGUUGGCUGGGGUCCCCCUGAUACAAACAUCACAGAAACGGACAGUAUUUGGCAUUAUCAGAGUCAGGAGUUACUGGGAGGCUAUCCCACCCAAGGGGAAUUUGCCACUUACUCAGGAGGAGGAUAUGUUGUGAGACUUGGAAGAAACUCCAGUGCUGCAGCCAGAGUUCUUCGGCAUCUGGAGCAGAGGCACUGGCUGGAUCAGAGCACGAAAGUCCUCUUUGUGGAACUCACAGUCUUCAAUGCUAACGUGAAUCUUCUCUGUGCAGUGACCCUCAUUUUGGAAUCCAACAGUGUGGGGACUUUCUUCACCUCUCUGCAACUCGACAGUCUAACUUCCCUCCAGUCAGAGAGGAGCUUUGCUUGGAUUACCUCACAAGUCAGCUACUACCUACUCGUCUGUUACUACACCUUCAUACAGGGCUGCCGGCUGAAACGGCAGAGGUGGGGAUUCCUCACUAGGAAAAGAAACCUUCUAGACACAAGCAUAAUCCUCAUCAGCUUCAUCAUCUUGGGGCUCAACAUGCAGCGCCUUUCUCUCCUUCAUAAAAACAUGCUGCAAUACCGCCGCGACCAAGACAGGUUCAUCAGUUUCUGUGAGGCACUGAAAGUGAACUCAGCUGUCACUCACCUCAUGGGCUUCCUGGUUCUGCUGGCAACUGUGCAGCUGUGGGACCUACUGCGACAUAAUGCCCAAUUGCAGGUCAUCAGCAAGACACUGAACAAGGCCUGGGAUGAGGUGGUGGGCUUUAUACUGACCAUCAUGAUCCUGCUGAGCAGCUAUGCCAUGACUUUCAACCUGCUGUUUGGAUGGAGCAUCUCUGACUACAGGAGUUUCUUCAGCUCCACAGUGACUGUUGUUGGCCUCUUGAUGGGGAUUUCUAAUCACAAAGAGGUUAUCGCUCUAUACCCAAUCCUCGGCUCCUUUCUGGUCCUCACUGGCAUCAUCCUGAUGGGACUUGUGAUCAUUAAUCUUUUUGUUUCUGCCAUUCUCAUUGUCUUUGGAAAGGAAAGGAAGGCCCUUAAGAAAGAAGCUACUCUGACAGAUAUAUUACUACAAAAGCUCUCAAGUUUGUUGGGAAUUCACCAGCACCAGAAACCUUCAUCUGAGAAGCAGGUUGACAACACUGGGUAUUGA